CCAAAAAAUGGGACUACAGUAAUAUCCAUUAGAAUAAUGUUGAAUGGGUGAGAAGAAAAAAGGUUUAGUGGAGGAACCAUAAAGCAUCUGCAGGGAGUCUGGCGAAUAUUGGCACUAUUUAUAAAAAUGUUUCUUCUGGCAACAUGAUGACGACUCCGUGGAGAAAACCUCCACAAAGUGGAUUUGACGCUUGAGGGACUGCGCGGGAAGGAUCCAUUCAUCAUAGGUCAUGGCCGAGAGGAGACCAGCAGGCUAUCGGGUGCACAGAGAUAUCCUGGAUGAAGAAGCUGUGGACAAGCUAGCGGAGAAGUCGGAAUCGAAAACAUCUGUGUGGGGCAAGAUCGAAAGUUCACUGAGGUGUUCCGGCCCCAGAGCCAAGAGCUGCCUGCUGGGUAGCGUCCCUGUUCUGUCGUGGUUGCCUCGUUACUCCAUCAGAGAAAAUGCACUGGGUGACCUUAUCUCUGGACUCAGCGUGGGCAUCAUGCAGCUGCCCCAAGGUAUGGCUUAUGCCUUGCUGGCGGCCGUGCCUCCAGUUUUUGGCCUCUACGCCUCCUUCUACCCCGUCCUCAUCUACUUCAUCUUCGGCACAUCCAAGCACAUCUCCAUAGGCACAUACGCAGUGAUGAGCGUGAUGAUUGGCGGCGUGACAGAGCGACUCGCCCCAGAUUCAAACUUCGCGACGUGGGACAAUGUGACUAACUCCAGUUUGGUGGAUGUCUUCGCGCGUGACGCAGAGCGGGUCAGAGUGGCCGCCGCCGUCACUUUCCUGUCGGGGAUUUUCCAGAUCCUGCUGGGUCUGGUCCAUUUCGGAUUUGUGGUGACCUACCUGUCCGAGCCGCUGGUGCGAGGUUACACCACCGGCGCCGCCACCCACGUCAUCGUGUCCCAGCUCAAAUAUACCUUUGGAAUCAGCCCUCUGCGAUACAGCGGACCUUUCUCCUUGAUAUAUGUGCAAGUUAAAACUCUACUAUGCAAAGCGAAAGCCAUUUAUCAACAACACCCAGAAACGCAGACGGCUUCGCUGGGCCCGAGCUCAUCUAAGAUGGACUGA